AUGCUUGAAGAAAAGGUCGUCUCCUUUGAGCUCGGUGACGGCUUCAGCCUCAUCGGCGCCGAGAUCUUUGUCGACGACCAAGACUACACCGGCGUCUCCAUCGCGGCAAACAAUCUAUCCACAGACUUCACGAGGGUCACUGGCCGGCACUGCAAUCCCAUUGUCAAAGCUCGGCCCUCGGCUCCUCCGGCUCGGUCAUGCAUCGUCAUCGGCUCUCUCACUCAGUCACCCACGAUUCAGCUCCUGAGAGAUCAAGGCAAGAUUGAUCUCACCCAGAUUGAGGGGAAAUGGGAAUCCUGGAUCACGACGACUGUGAAGGAGCCCUUUGAGGGGUAUGACAAUGCUCUGGUCAUUGCCGGGAGUGAUAAACGAGGAACCAUUUUCGGAACAUAUUCCCUCUCGGAGCAAAUUGGCGUGUCGCCAUGGCAUUGGUGGGCUGAUGUGCCUCCCAAGAAGCAACAGCAAAUCUUUGCUCUACCUGUAACCACAUGCAAUGGCGAGCCCAGCGUCAAGUAUCGGGGCAUCUUCAUUAACGACGAGUGCCCCGGCAUGGACAGCUGGGUUCAUGAAAAGUUUGGUCCCAAGUUUGAUGCCAACUUUUACCACUACGUCUUUGAGCUUCUCUUGCGCCUCAAGGCGAAUUUCAUGUGGCCGGCCAUGUGGCGAGGAUAUCCGUAUCCCGGACGAUCCUUUUUCGUGGAUGACCCCAAGAACCAGGAGCUGGCCGAUACCUAUGGCAUUGUGAUUGGCACCUCGCACCAUGAGCCGAUGCAGAGGGCCAUGAACGAGUGGUCCACUACUCAGCCCGAAGGCACCUGGAACUGGGAUAAAAACAAAGAAAAGAUCACACAGUAUUUCGAAGAAGGAGCCGAGAGGGCCGUGCCCUACGAGUCCUACUUCACCAUGGGGAUGCGAGGCGAAGGCGAUGUGCCCAUGACAGGAGGCGAUCCCGUCAAGAUCCUCACCGAAGUGCUGGAUGUGCAGAGGGACAUUAUCAAAAAGAACUAUGGCAAGGAAGACGGCGUCUUGCAGCUCAUGGCACUCUACAAAGAGGUUCAGGGAUACUACGACAAAGGACUCGCGAUUCCCGAUGAUGUGACGCUCCUGUUUGGAGACGACAACUUUGGGAAUCUGCGCCGUCUCCCGACAGCAGAGGAGAACAAGAGGUCCGGUGGCUCAGGCUUCUACUACCAUUUCCAGUACACGGGCUACCCGCGCUGCUACAGAUGGAUCAACAGCAACACUCUGGGCAAGGCCCUUCACCAGCUCCAGCUCGCUCACUACCGGGGUGCCGAUCGCAUCUGGAUCUUCAAUGUCGGCGACUUGAAGCCCGUUGAGAUCCCCAUGAGCUUUGCGUUUGAUCUGGCUUGGGACAUCAACUCCAUCACGGCCACCACCCUGCCGCGCUACUUUGAGCAUCUUGCUACGCGGGAGUUUGGUGAAAAGUACGCAGGCCAUAUUGCCAAAUCCUGGUACGACUUCAACAAGCUGGUCGCUCUGCGCAAGCAGGACCACAUCGACGCGUCGACCUUUGUCAUUCAAAAGUACCACGAGACUGAUAGAAUCCUUGCACGAUGGCGGCAACUCUUGGCCGAGACUGAGGCAGUCUAUUCUCACAUUGACGAGGAGCACAAGUCUGCCUUCUUCCAGCUCGUGCUUCACCCCGUCAAAGCGUCUUACAUCUUCACUCAAGUGCGCGUCGCCCAGUUCACGAAUCAGCUCUUUGCCAAGCAGCGCCGAAACACGACAAACGUCCUGCUCAAGAAGUGCAUCAGCCUCAUGGAUGCCGAUCACGAUCUGUACGAAGAGUACAACUCCAUCUCGGACGGCAAAUGGAACCUCAUGCUGCGUCAGCCGCACUAUGGCUAUGGCGAUACCGGUGCGGAACCGUCACGCAACAUGAUUGAUGGGCUUUGCUAUGUGCAAACACAAGAAGACUCGAACCCCAGCGUUGGCCACAUGGGAAUAGCCGUCGAGGGUAUCGAGGGAAUCAACCCCGGCCAUAUCAACGAGGACUCGGACAGAACUCACCCUUCGCGCGGCGGCCUCGAGCCCGGAGUGACUCUUCCGUUCAUCACUCCCUAUGGCGAACAGACUCGCUACUUUGAGGUCUUCCAUCGCGGCACAAAGGAGUUCUCCUGGGAAGCCCGACCGCAGUAUAAGUGGAUCAAGCUCUCUCAGUACGAAGGCCACCUGAACCCCCGAGAUGACGACAUCAGAGUCAUCAUCACCAUUGACUGGGCGCAAGUGCCCGCUGAUUUUGAUGCAAAGGUCAUGAUUGAAAUCAUCGGUACUCGUGAUGGCUACGAGCAAGUCCACAUGACUGUCAGGAACAGCCGGGUCCCUGCAGACUUUGAGGGCUUUGUCGAGGAGAGCGGGCACUUGGCCAUUGAUGCUGGCGAUUGGGCCACGGCGCCAUACAUUCAGCUUCCUGCUCUUGGCCGGCCCAUCGCAGGAGCUGUUACUCUGCCAUUUGAUACUGACUUUAGCAAGCCUGACGAGCUUCCGUUCCUGCGCUAUCCGAUCUACGUCUUUUCUCAGCACGACAACACGAAUCUCGAGCUUCAGUUCAACACGACGCUCGAAACCGAAAAGACGAGCAGAAUGCAGUACGACGUGCGCUUUGACGGAGGACCCAUCAAGACAUAUCGCCUCACGGAGGACGAGAACAACGCCGAGAAUCUCCCCAAGGGCUGGCCCACGGCCGUCAUGGACUGCGUCUGGAAGAAGGGGCAUAACGUGGGGACGGUCAAGAAGGGCAGCCAUACGAUUGAGGUGCGGAUCCGGAGCCAGAACGUCUGUCUGGAGAAGCUGCUUCUUGAUCUUGGUGAUUUGCGGUACACGUAUUUGGGGCCGCCAGAGAGUGAGUAUGUGAAGAAGGGAGAUACUCGGAGCGUAGGUCGAGGUGGUGUUAUUGGGCAGUUGGACAGCUUGAAGAUUGAUUUGGGAUUCUGAUAUAAGUUUGGAUAAUAUGUGAUUCGGGUUUCCUACGUCCGAGGUUCUAUGUUUGCUAUCUUCACUCAUCUGAGUUAGGUAUGUUUGUUUUGCCCGCUGAAUCUUUAUCUCUGCGGCUUAUAUUCUCUGC